AUGAGUUUGGCUGCAGGCAUAUUUGGUUUGAUCAGCGACAUCUAUAUCUUGAUCAUACCAUUGCCUGCUGUCAAGAAGCUCAACAUCCGAAAGAAGAAGAAAAUUGGUGUUUACAUUAUCUUCUCUUCUGGGGUUUUGGCCUGCUUUUUCAGCAUACUUUCGUUGAGUUUUCGUAUCAAAUCACAAGGCACGAAGGAUCUGUUCGUGGACAGUAUCCCCAACAUGGUUACCCAUAUGGUCGAACUCACUGUGGGUCUCAUCAUAACCUGUAUCGCACCCGUGUCAAAGCUCACCCGGCUUCUCCUCGAUAAACGCCUAGGAGAUUUCUUCGGUGGUAACACGUAUCGGACAGGCUCUGGUGAAGAGAAAAGAGAGAAGCAGCCUCGCCGCAAACACUUUCCAGGCGGUUUAUCUGAGCUUGAUUCGAUGAAGACUUUCGGAACAACCGUUGAUACCGAGGGCAAGCGUGCAACAUCUUGGGAGGCGUGA